CAUCUGAUGCAGACAAACAAGCAAUAUCUCACUGCAAAAGAGGCUGGGCGCGCGUCCCUCUGCACUGCCACACCUUACGACCAGUACUGACGUCGCAAUCUGCGAUGCGCUUUGCCACUGUAGGAGUCUGUUGCGAGCUGAAGCCUGCAAGAUGCGAGAGCUCGCCACAGUCUUGAAAAUCCAUGGUUGUUGCCCCCUUGGUCAUCGCAGUUGUUCUUCUGCCCACAAGUAAGUGGAUGGGGUAUGGCUGGGGCCAAUGAUAGCGAGGUGCACACUGACAGUCGUGAAAUAUGUUGCUGCCACUAGUGCUUCUCUACCAUGCGCGAGGAAAUGAAAAGCUGGUGCGAGGGGAACGGUGGGAUGCUAGUCCCGGGGUCCUGCGCGGAGAAGAAAGAGACGACAGAGGUGGGUGACCUGCACAGAUAAUCAGAGGAGACACAAGCAUACAUGCAUCCACGGCCUGCUCCUGUCUGCCGUUGAGGUGAAACAAGAAGCAGGGUGGCGGGCGGACUCCGGUUUCUCUUAUGCAGGGCGGCGGGCGACAGGAGCUGCGUGACAUCUAUGAGCAGCUGCGGUGGGUAAAGGCACAGCUGCCGACGCUCGAGGCGCUGGUGAGUGAGUGAGUGAGGGAUACGGGUGAAUGGAUGGAUGGAUGGAUGGGUGGGUGGGUGCGUGUGCAGCUGACGGGGCACGUCAACCGACUGGACCAAAUCGUCAAUUUCCUGCGCUCCAUCUGGGUGUUUCCUGAGAAUGCACUCACCGCACAACCAUCCGCAGACAAACAUCACAAUGUGUGUUUGUCAGGAGCCUGAGCCCCCCCGCUUCCCCAUGUGCGGAGUGUGGCUGGGGGCGUGACGCCGCCGCGUGUGAGGCAGGGGGAGCUGGAGGCACGUGUAGAUUGGACAUAUAUUAGGGAGGCACAUACGUUUCAGGAUGGCACAAUGAACGUGCCUCGUUUUUGCUGUCUUGUGCAGGAGCAGCCAUCUGCUGCAGCCGAGGGUGCACGACAGGAGGCAGGUGGAGAGACACAGCGCAAGGAUGAGACAAUACCUGGUAACGCGCAAAAGACAAAUGCUGUGGAGUCGUUCGGAUGCGUAUGCAGAGGCCGAGCUGCCGAGUGACGAGGUGGGUCGACCGAGUACGACAGCGAGGAACGAGCCGGAUGGCAUGACUGAUCGACACAGACACCAAUUGCCCAUGAAGGCUAAGCAGACGAUGCUUCUCCUUGCACUCAGGCCGAAGCGCUCAGCGAAUCUGCCGUGAGGGCGCCCAAGAAGGCGAUGCGCGGAGCCAUGACGAGCGUGCUCUUCGUCCUGAAAAGCGAAGACAUGGGCCGGAGGAAAUACAUGGAGGACAGGCACAAGGUGGUCGACAGCUUCACUGGCGGUGGGAGACACACAGCUUCGCAUAGACAUCCAUGAUGUCUCUCUCUCUGUGUGUGCUGUUCAGUCUAUGACGGUCAUGGCGGCGAGAAGGUUGCCGACUAUGUGAAAGAGAAGCUGCACGAGACACUGGCGGAGAAGCUGCAGCAGUCGAACUCCGAUGUGAAGGAGAGCUUGCGCCAAACAUUCCUCGAGGUGGAAGUAAAGCUCCACGACGUCGACAUGAAAAGCGGCACCACAGCCACCGUGUGCGUCGUCCAUCCGAAGACACAGAAGGAGGAGAAAGACCAAACCCUCACGUGUGCCAACGUCGGUGACAGCCGUGGCGUGCUCGUCAGUGGAGAUGGCCAGACGCAACGAGUCACCACAGAGCACAAGGCAGGUGAGGAGGCGGAGCGCGCCAGGAUCAAGGAAGCAGGAGGAGUGGUCUGGUUUUUGGGUACCUGGCGAGUGGGCGGAGAGCUCGGUAAGCAGGAUGGGCCCCCAGCCAGACACACUCCAGACGGGAUCCAUCUUAUCACCUUCCCUGCUUUCCGUCCUCUCAAGCCGUGAGCCGCGCUCUGGGUGACCUGAACUUCAAGGAGAGAAAAGCCGGCAGGGGCUGCACGGCGGAGCCGUCUAUCUUUGAGAGGACCUGAAGAACGCCCAGUACGUGAUCUUGGCUUCAGAUGGGUGUGCAUUCGCGCAUACCCAAAGAUGUAAUGCGCCUCUAUCUUUCUCUCUUGUCUCUUGCAGACUGUGGGACAAGGUGGACGACAAGGAGGCGGCUGAGGUCGCUCGAAGAUGCGAAGGUGGGACGGCGGCCAAGGCUCUGGUGGGCAGGUCUCUCUCUUUGCUGCGACAUUUAUUGUGGGUUGUGGAAGGAAGAGACAACAAGACUAUACUAGGUGGUAUUUGCAUAGGAAGUAGGGCUGUUGGCGAUUUUGGUGGGGCAUGUCUUGUACUGUACACAAUCGAUACUGGACACACUCUUCAUGGGAUGCAUUGCGAUCAUCCAUCAGUGUAGGCAGUCACUCGACGCACAUGUACGCGUGAAACAGAG